AUGUUUGUUGACGUCUCCAUGCUGUGUUUUGCCGCCCCUCCUACGCCCGCAACAACCAAACUACAUCUCGACCAUCGCGCCUGCCAUCCCCGACUGGGGGCGACCGCAAUCAUGCCUCGAGUAGCGAACAAGAUCCAUCGCCGUUCCAACGGCAACUCCACCCCCCACAAAAACACUCCCGUCAAAAUUCCCCUCAACGAUGAUAUGGGAGAGAAGGCGGCCCGUAUGGAGGCCCGUCAAGCUCAAUAUGAUCGUCAAAUGAGCCAGAUCAAAGCUGCAGUAAAAACGCCGAUGCCCCCGCGACGAUACACACAUAACCGUGAUGGGAGCGAAAGUCCGGGAACUCCCCGCGGAUCAAGUCAUCGCGGUCGCGAAAGUGAUGUUAAUGGCCGUGCUGUAACACCAAUGAAGCGAGUACCUAUUUUGGCCAAUUUUGAAGAGUGGAUGAAGAUGGCUACCGAUAACAAGAUCAACGCAAACAACUCCUGGAACUUCGCCCUUAUCGAUUACUUCCACGACAUGUCGCUCUUGAAAGAGGGCGACGGUGUCAACUUCCAGAAAGCUAGUUGCACCCUUGACGGGUGUGUAAAGAUUUAUACAAGUCGAGUGGACAGUGUCGCAACCGAAACAGGAAAGUUGCUGAGUGGCUUGGCUGAUAGUCGCGACAAGAGAUCGCGUGAUGCUGAUGCAGAGGGUGAAGAUGGGGAGGAAGACGAAGAGGGUGAGGAUGGUGCGCCGCGCAAAUCGCGAAAGAAGACACGAUCACACGAGGCUACACUGGCUGCAUCCUUUUCAUCUUUACAACUGAAGAAGUUCGAGCUCGAAUUUGCGGUGGAUCCGCUUUUUAAGAAGGCGUCGGCAGAUUUUGACGAAGGAGGCGCCAAGGGCCUGUUGCUAAAUCACUUGGCUAUCGAUGGACUUGGCCGUAUUGUUUUCGACAGCAGCGAUGAUGCUGUGGAUGACUCUGCUAAGACAGCAGACGGCGAUGAUCAACGGGAGUCGGUUGAGCCUGAGUCGCAAGCUGAAGAUGGUCAGAAUGUAAGACAGCCUGCUCCUCAGGCAGCAAGUGAUACUUUCGAUAACGAGGAUAUCGACUUGGCCACCCUGGCCACCCAGUUUUUCCCUGAUCUGGAUCGCCUUACUGAGCAAGACGUUUGCCCAUCCCUCAAAAACUUCGAUCUGGGUGAUCCCACUGGAUCACUGGAUAUGCCCCUUCUUAAAGCGCCCGAGGAUUGGCGGCAAGACAAAAAUAUGGAAGGUGGAGGCGACGACCCAUCCGGGAUCAUGCUCGAUGACGAUAAUGCCGUUGGCUUCGACGAUGAUGAUGCUUCGUUGGCCGGCUUUGAUCUUAGCGGUGACACUGGUUUCGGUGACGGCGGAGAGGUGUGGGCCAGAGAAGCUGCUUUGGAGCCAAUGCUUAAGGUUCACCGACUCGAGGAUGGCGAAGACGCAGAUGGUGACGAGGAUAUGGACCAUGACGCUUCAUAUGCCGUCUCGAUGUCGCACCAGCCAACCAAGCAGGAUCACGAAAAUAUACUCAGCUAUUUUGAUAACGCACUCCAGAAGAACUGGGCUGGUCCUGAGCACUGGAAAAUCCGGAGAAUCAAGGACCACACGGCAGCAAGCACGGCAAACUCAGCUCCCAAGCAACGGAAAGAAAAGGAACCUUUCGAGAUUGAUUUCGGGGCGCCUCUUGAUCACUCUAUUGCUGAGUUGAUCUAUACCCCGGCUAGCUCCAACUCGGCAAUUUGUUUACCAAAAACGCAGUGGAAGACCAAGGGCCGUAAUCUACUACCCGAUGACAAACACUUCAACUCGCGCAACUUGCUUCGUCUUUUCCUUAAGCCCAAGGCGCACAUAGGUUCGAAGAAGCUUUGGGGCAGACGAACAGCUCGUCAACCAGAACAAGCAUCAGGGACUGGUGAAAUGGACGAAGCCUUCUGGGCGAAUCACAAGGUGGAAGAAAAUGCCGACGAUGAAGGUGUCGCCGGUGCUUACGAUGCUAAUUUCUUUGCUGACGACGACGGCCUUGCCUUCCCCAAUGGCAUGGAUCUUGAUGAUGAAGACGAUAACCUACCAUUUGCCGAUGCACGAGAAAUGUUGUCGCCGCCAACCGAUGGACCCCCUGGCACAUCUGCUGGAGACGGCUCACAAACUGGUCUCACUGCGUUACUAAAUAUGGUUGGUGCUACACCAGGCCGACCUGGCGCUGGUGGGUACGGUUCCCAACUAGUUACUCAAGGUGGCCGACGCGCCCGCCCCGAUUAUGUCAACUAUGCUCGUGUCGCCAAGAAGGUAGACGUACGACGACUCAAGACCGAGAUGUGGAAGGGAAUGGGCGAGCGUCUGAUCGCUGCCACCGACUUCAGCUCCGCCUCACAGCCCGGAGCCGUGUCCAGUGAUGCUCCUGCCGAGCCAGAGAGUGAAGCCGAAGUCCCUGAACCACCGACACCGACGGACGAGAAACCGGAGCAGUCUGAGCAGCCUGAGCAGUCCAAGAAUGAUGAUAGGCUGCGGUUCACCCAGAUUAUGAACUCGCUGAAGGCCGUUUACCCUGCCGAAACAUUACGUGAUAUCAGCACGUCUUUCGGCUUCAUUUGUCUACUUCAUUUGGCCAACGAACAAGGUCUUGUUUUGGAGAGUGAUAUAAGCAAGAUUGCCAGCGGCGCUUGUACUUUAGAAGAGAUCUUCGUGAGUCGAGACGUCAAUGCUGUCCUUGAAGAGGGAGGCAUGUAA